AUGCACACCUCACUGCUAGCCACAGACGGCACUCUGCACACGCAGAAGGCCCAGGGGUUGGUGGGCUACUGGAACUUCGACGAAGCCGACGCGUCCAUUGCGAUUGAUCUGAGUGGCCAUGGCAACCAUUUGCACUCGGCUGGGUGUGCUGUGUGUGACAACACCACCCUAGCAACACAGUACUACCAGGGAUGGGCCAUCACGCCACGAUCAGACUAUGUGUGCCUGCCCAUUGCACUCAACUCAGCCUCAGACGCGUACAUGGGGUACGAGGUGCAUGGAGGAGCCCACUGUUACUAUAGCAACAGCACUUAUCUCACCGACGACUUCCCCGUCCCACCCACUGCCGAGGCCAUCUCGUCACAGGACAUCCAACAGUUGUACCUCACUGACCCCACCACUCUACAGUCAGCUGCAAACAGCCGACGCAGCACACACCCCACACGCAGUCUCUACCGCAGACAGAGUGCUCUGACCGCGGCUGAAUACGAGGCCAUGUGGACUAAGCUCAGGCGCGACCAGGUAGGUGCCGCGUGA